GUUUGAGGGACGCUUUUGCGGUAAGGCGAGCUCUAUUCGUGCGGUGAAGUGUCGAUGUGAGAUUAGGGAUAAAAUACAAUAAAAAAAAUGGAGACGAAACUAAAGAAUUUUAAGGAUACUCUUACUUUGCAAGACUGUGAGAAGACGAAUUUGAGUACACCGUUCUCAAUAAACGACAUAUUGACCAAAGAGAAUGAAGCGAAGUUUUGUCAGGACGUCGGUUUUGGCGCGCGAAUGGAUUUCUUGGCGAAGGCAACGAGUUGUUAUGCCAAAGAGGAGUUUCCAAAGAAGGAGGUUCUAGAGAAGAAUCUGAAGUACUACGACGAUUGCAGCAGCUACAGAGAUUACAAUGACGAUGGAGCGUUAGAUAUGUCUAGGAAGAAUAAUUAUUCUGUCACCGAACUUUCAGAUGACUACGAUUCUCGCUCAUCCAACACAGGCUCACCAGUCCGCCGCCACACUUCGCCCAGUUCUGACAUAGGCUACAAACACUUCAGCUUACAUUAUGACACCCGCAAAUGUUCUACUCCUCCAAACGACUCCCGUGUUGGUACUUCGCCAAACUACUCCGAUUAUACACAGAAUAGCGGUCGCAAGAAGCGUUCACGGGCUGCUUUCUCUCACGCUCAAGUAUAUGAACUCGAACGGCGAUUCAGUCAACAACGUUACCUUUCAGGGCCCGAACGCGCCGAUUUAGCAGUAAGCCUUAAAUUGACAGAGACUCAAGUCAAAAUCUGGUUCCAGAAUCGCAGAUACAAGACAAAACGCAAACAGCUCCAAAUGCAGGAAAACGGCAUGCUGGCGGCCGCCGCGGCAGCCGCGAACCACGCGAGAAAAGUAGCGGUUAAAGUACUUGUCAACAAUAGUGGACAACCGACAUUGCCUGACAUGAAACCUUAUCAAACCCCUAUUUUAGGUAAAGGAAUAAAUCCAGCCUUAUUUACAUCACCGAAUCUUUUGGAUGGAUCGCCGAUUCUGAAACAUUUCGCAGGCGUCUACGGAGUAGAUUUCGCGAAAAAUCCCGAAUACAAAGCACUGUUGCAAGAGUCCUACAAUCAAGCUGUAUUACAGUCACUGUACGGGCCACAUUUAGGAGUGAACUAUCCUAACUUACCAUUGUCCUAUAUGUAUUAUCCUGGUCACCCCGCCUUCGGUAUGUCACUGCCCUGUGAUUUGGACAGAAGUCAGAGUGAACCAAGGACUGAAAGUGCGAAGCAUUUCGGUGAACAUUCUCAAAGAGAAAAAGAUAAAGCAGACGACAAAAGGAAAAGCCCCAUCGAUAUAAACGAAAAUAGCAAUGAAAGCAUGGCCAGUAAUAUUGAAAUCGAAAAUUGAAAAGAAACUUAACACCUAAAACGAGGCCUACACCAAAUAGUCCGCACUAGAUACUCUUUUAUUAAGGAAACAAUAGAAAAAUGAGUUUCAGCUGUUUCACAUACCAAAGAACUGUAAAAUGUAUCAAAGAAUGUUAUAAAUAGUUAGUAGAAUUGUUAAUGUUUAGUUUAUUAUUAAUGUGUUGUAAAUAUGUUUAACCGGGUUAAAUGUUUAAGUAGAUUAUGGGGCACGUUUGUAAAUAGUACAAGAUAGAGAGUUUAAUUAAAAUUCAAUAUAAAUU